AUGUCCUGGGGCACAGUGCCAACACCAAGGCCAUAUGUGAGCCCCUAUGAGGACCUGCCACCCUCCAGUCCCAUCUGUGGUGACCUGCCCUGGGCUGUCAACAGUCCAAGAGCACUUGGUGACGAGAACAUGCAGAGGACACCGCUGUGCAGAUGUUACUACCACCAGGGAACAAGGCAGCAGGAGGAUACGCGGGUCAGUGACAGCACAAGCAGCUCACCUGGACUGGGGUGCACCGUGGCCCAGUGCGCUGCGGUCGCUCCGCUCAGAACCUGGAGUGCGUUCCUGACUGCGCGCUGCACAGGGAGACUAUCAGAGCGGCGGCGAGGCUCGCACAAGCCCUGCAUCCUGAAUGUUUUCUGUGAAGAUCUUCGUUCCAGCUUAUAUUUUGUCAAUGCAUCUGUGCAAGAGGUAGUGUUCGCCAGCACCACAGGGACGUCGGUGCCCUGUCCCGCCGCAGGUGUGGCCCCUGUCUCACUGCGCUGGUACCUGGCCACCGGUGAGGAGAUCUACGACGUGCCAGGGAUCCGCCAUGUGCACCCCAAUGGCACCCUCCAGAUCUUCCACAUCCCCCCUUCCAGCUUCAGCAAACUCAUCCACGACAACACCUACUAUUGCACAGCGGAGAACCCCUCAGGGAGAAUCAGGAGCCAAGAUGUCCACAUUAAGGCCGUCCUCCGGGAGCCCUACACAGUCCGGGUGGAGGACCAGAAAGCCAUGAGAAACAAUGUGGCGGUCUUCAAGUGCAUUAUCCCCGCCUCAGUGGAGGCCUACAUCACUGUUGUGUCCUGGGAGAAGGACACCAUGUCAAUCAACGCAGAAAUGUCCCGGUUUAUCAUCACAUCCACGGGCGCCCUGUACAUUCAGGACGUGCAGAUGGAGGAUGGCCUCUACAACUACAGGUGUAUGACACGCCAUCGAUACACAGGGGAGACCAGACAGAGCAAUAGUGCCCGCCUCAUUGUCUCAGACCCCACCAACUCAGCGCCGCACAUCCUGGACAGCUUCGAGCGCCGUGAGGUCAUGGCGUCCCACCGGGUGGAGCUGCCCUGCAAAGCCUCAGGGCACCCCACCCCCAAGUACCGCUGGCUGAAGGACAACCGGCCUCUGGAGCCCGACACCCGCUUCAGACAGAGUGUCACGGGGCUGCUGAUAGAGCGCGCCCAGUCCACCGACACCGGGACGUACGUGUGCGAGGUGUGGAACGGCUAUGGCAACGCUGAGGUGGUGGGCCGGCUGCUGGUCAAAGGUAGUGCAGCUUUGAGAAAGCCCCUGGACGUGCAGGUGAGUCCACAGAAGGUGAGAGGAAGUGUGGGCAGCCAGGUGUCCCUGUCCUGCAGAGUGACCGGCUCCGAGGAGUACCAGUUGUCAUGGUACCGAAACGGAGAGCUCAUCUAUCCCAGCAACAGCGUGCACAUGACCGGCCAGUUCAGGGAGAACCUGGUGAUGGCCGGCAUGGCCAAGAGCGAUGGAGGAGCUUACCAGUGCUUUGCAAGACACGGCAAAAUGUCUGCCCAAGAUUUUGUUCAAGUCAUCUUGGAAGAUGGAACCCCUAAGAUUCUAGCCUCAUUCAGCGAGAAAGUCUACAACAUCAAUGAGUUUGUGUCCCUGUCGUGCACUGUGAAGGGGACUCCUGAACCCCGGGUCACAUGGAUGCUGGACGACGAGCCUGUGAUCCGCGACAGCCGCCACCGCAUCUCUCACUACACCAACAGCGAGGGCCACGUGGUCAGCCACCUCAACAUCAGCCAAACUCAGGUCCCAGACGGAGGCGUGUACCGCUGCAUCUGUAACAACUCCGCUGGUACGGUUUCUUACCAGGCGCGAAUAAACGUAAGAGGGCCUGCCAGCAUCAGACCAAUGAAAAAUCUCACUGCCAUUGCUGGUCGGGACAUGUACAUCCACUGCCGGGUCAUUGGAUACCCUUACUAUUCAAUAAAGUGGUACAAGGACUCCAAUCUGCUGCCAUAUAACCACCGCCAACGGGCCUUUGAGAACAACGGCACGCUGAAGCUGUUUGAUGUGCAGAAGGAUGUGGAUGAAGGAGAAUAUACGUGUAACGUGCUGGUGCAACCUCAGCUGUCCACGCACCAGAGCGUCUAUGUGACGGUCAAAGUGCCCCCUACCAUCCAUCCAUUCGAGUUCCCGCGGUUCUCCAUCGGUCAGCGGGUCUUCAUCCCGUGUGUGGUCAUGUCCGGAGACCAGCCCGUCUUCAUCACCUGGCAGAAAGACGGGCGCAUGAUCCCCGCCAGCCUCGGAGUCACCAUCGACAACAUAGACUUCACCAGCUCCCUCCGUAUCUCCAACCUGACCCUCAUGCACAACGGCAACUACACAUGCAUCGCCCGCAACCAGGCCGCCGCCGUGGAGCACCAAAGCCAGCUCAUAGUCCGAGUUCCACCAAAGUUUGUCGUGCAACCGAAAGACCAAGACGGCAUCUACGGGAAAUCGGUGAUAUUGAAUUGCUCUGCUGAAGGAUACCCAGUCCCUACGAUCCAAUGGGAGUAUUCGAAAGGUGCUGGUGUCCCUCAGUUCAAACCCAUCCCUCUGAACCCUGGCUCCCGUAUCGAGGUUCUGAUCAAUGGCUCCCUGCUCAUCAAACAUGUUCUGGAGGAAGACAGCGGCUUCUACCUGUGCAGAGUGAGCAACGACGUGGGCGCAGACGUCAGCAAGUCCAUGUACCUCAACGUCAAAAUCCCCGCCAUGAUCACGUCGUACCCCAACACCACUUUGGCCACUCAGGGCGAGGAGAAGAAGAUGAGCUGCACGGCCCACGGGGAGAAGCCCAUCAUGGUGCGCUGGGAGAAGGAGGAACGCAUCAUCAACCCGGAGACCAGCCGCUACGUGGUGUCCGUCAAAGAGGCCGGCGACGAGGUCAUCUCCACGCUGCAGAUCAUGCCCACUGUAAGAGAGGACUCCGGCUUCUUCUCCUGCCACGCUAUCAACUCGUUUGGGGAAGACAGAGGAAUUAUACAGCUCACAGUGCAAGAACCGCCCGACCCUCCUGAGGUGGAGAUCAGAGAAGUAAAGGACAGAACCAUCGCUCUCCGCUGGACUAUGGGCUUUGACGGCAACAGUCCCAUUACUGGUUUUGAUAUCGAGAGCAAGAACAAAUCAGCCUCCUGGGAUACGGCUCAGAAGACCAAAGAUGUGUCGCCUCAGCUCAACCAGGCCACCAUCAUCGACCUGCACCCCUCCUCCACCUACAACAUCCGCAUGUUCGCAAAAAACCUCAUCGGCAAGAGCGAGGCUAGCAACGAGCUCACCAUCACCACUGACGAAGCAGCCCCGGACGGUCCACCUCAAGAGGUUCAACUUGAAGCCCAGUCCUCUCAAAGCAUCAGAGUGUCAUGGAGGCCUCCAAAGAAGCACUUGCAGAAUGGAGCCAUCAAAGGAUACCAGGUGGGCUACAGGGAGUACAGCUCUGGAGGGAACUACCAGUUCAGUGUGAUCAGUGUGGAGACCACCGGGGACAACGCAGAGAGCCUGGUGCUGGACAAUCUGAAGAAGUUUACCCAGUAUGGAGUGGUGGUCCAGGCCAGCAACAGUGCAGGAACUGGCCCCUCAUCCACUGAGGUGGCAUCCACCACUCUGGAGGACGUCCCUAGCCGUCCUCCGGAGAACGUCCAGGCCAUCGCCACCACUCCAGAGGUCAUCUCUCUGUCCUGGCUGACCCCUCCUAAAGACGCUCUGAACGGGAACCUGCUGGGCUUCAGGGUCAUCUACUGGGCCAAUCUGCCUGACGGAGAGCUGGGGGAGAUCCGCAACGUGACCACCUCCAAACCCUCCCUGGAGCUGGACGGCCUGGAGAAAUACACCAACUACAGCAUCCAGGUGCUGGCCUUCACCCGAGCAGGAGACGGGGUCCGCAGUGAGCAGCUCUUCACCCGCACCAAAGAGGACGUCCCAGGCCCUCCAGCGGGUGUGAAGGCAGCGGCUGCAUCCAAUUCUGUGGUGUUCGUGUCCUGGCUCCCACCGCUCAAAGUGAACGGCAUCAUCAGGAAGUACACGGUGUUCUGCUCCAAUCCGCACCCCACUGUGAGCAGUGAGUUUGAAGCCGCUCCAGAUGUUUUCUUCUACAGAGUCCCCAACCUGAGCAGGAACCGUCAGUACAGCAUCUGGGUGGUGGCCGUCACAGCGGCAGGACGAGGAAACGCCAGUGACAUCAUCACUGUCAAGCCGAUGGCAGAGGCGCCUUCCCGAAUCCUGACCUUCAACAGGACCGUGACCACGCCCUGGAUGCGGGACAUUGUGUUGCCUUGUAAAGCCGUGGGAGAUCCUUCACCAACAAUCAAGUGGCUUAAGGAAAUCAACGCCACCCCAGCACCUGUGGCGGUCGACAGUCGCCGCAGCGUCCACAGCAACGGCAGCCUGGUGAUCCGCACAAUCAAAGCAGAGGAUUCUGGGAACUACACUUGUACCGCUACCAACAGUUUUGGGUCUGACAAGAUCGUGCUCAACUUGCAAGUUCAGGUUCCUCCAGACCAGCCAAGACUCACCGUCACCAAGACAACCACCACAUCAAUAACCCUGUCCUGGAUCCCCGGAGACAACGGAGGCAGCUCCAUCCGAGGCUACAUCCUGCAGUACUCUGAGGACAACAGCGAGCAGUGGGGGAACUUUGCCAUCAGCCCCAGUGAGCGCUUGUAUCGACUGGAAAACCUCAAAUGUGGCACGUGGUACAAGUUCACCCUCACGGCCCAGAAUGCAGUGGGGCCUGGGCGCAUCAGCGAGAUCAUAGAGGCAAAGACCCAUGGGAAAGAGCCUCAGUAUUCUAAAGAACAGGAGCUCUUCACCAGCAUCAAUGCCACUCGGGUCAAACUCAAUCUGAAUGGCUGGAAUAAUGGCGGCUGUCCCAUCACCUCCUUCACCCUGGAGUACCGGCCCAUGGACUCCCCCACAUGGACCACUGCCCAGCGCACCUCCCUGACCAAGAGCUACAUCCUGUACGACCUGCAGGAGGCCACGUGGUACGAGCUGCAGAUGAAGGUGUACAACAGCGCCGGCUACGCAGAGAAGAGGCUCAAGUUUGCCACGCUCAGCUACGACGGCAGUACCAUAGCCCCUCUGGUGAAGGCUCCCAACGUUAGUACAGACCAGUCUGGAGGUGGAGAAGGGAUGAAGAUGAUGGUGACCAUCUCCUGCGUGUUGGUGGGCAUCGUGGUGAUCUUCAUCGGGCUGUUGGUGCUGAGGAGGAGGAGGAGAGAGCAGAGGCUCAAGAGGCUGAGAGACGCAAAGAGCUUGGCCGAAAUGCUGAUGAGCAAAAACACACGACCAGCAGAGCCAGUGAACAAGCAGCAGCAGACGCUCCGAAUGCACAUCGACAUCCCCAGGGCCCAGCUCCUCAUCGAGGAGAGGGACACCAUGGAGACUGUCGAUGACAGAUCCACCGUGUUACUGACUGACAAUGACUUUGGGGAGACCCAGAAGCAGAAGUCCUCCACAGUCACUCACACAGUGCACUACCAGUCUCUGUCCCAGGCCACAGGUCCUCUGGUCGACGUGUCCGACGCUAGGCCAGGAACCAACCCCACUGCCCGCCGCACGGCCAAAGCUGGUCCCGCCGCUCGAAACCGCUACGCGAGCCAGUGGACCCUGAACCGGCCGCACCCUCCUGUGUCCUCCCACACCCUGAGCACAGACUGGAGACUGCCCACGCCCAGAGUCGCCGGCUCUGUGGACAAAGAGAGCGACAGCUACAGCGUCAGCCCAUCUCAGGACACAGACCGCGCCAGGAGCAGCAUGGUGUCCACCGAGAGCGCGUCCUCCACGUACGAAGAGCUGGCCAGAGCCUACGAGCACGCCAAGAUGGAGGAGCAGCUGCGGCACGCCAAGUUCACCAUCACCGAGUGCUUCAUCUCCGACACCUCGUCAGAGCAGAUGACCGCGGGCACCAACGACUACACGGACAGUCUGACGUCCAGCACGCCCUCCGAGUCGGGCAUCUGCCGCUUCACCGCCUCGCCCCCCAAGCCCCAGGACGUGAGCCGUGUCAUGAACAUGGCCGUGCCCAAAGCCCACAGACCGGGGGGCGAGCUGGUUCACCUGCCUCCUUACCUGCGCAUGGACUUCCUGUUGAAUCGGGGCAUGACGUGCUCGGGUACGUCCAGAGCCACGUCCAGCACAGAGCGCGCGGCGAUGGGCCAGGCAUGUCUGGAGCCACAGAAGAGCCGCUCCCUGAAGCGGCCGUCCCGCAUGGCCCCGCCCACACCCUCAGAGGCCCCUCAGGCCAGCAGGGACGCUGCAGCCCAGUGGCAGCCCGGCUCCGCCGCCACACUGCCCCACAGAGAGGGCUCGGAGCUGGCUCAGGCCGCCAAGCUCAGCACGUCCCAGGAGUCACUGCUGGACUCCAGAGGACAUCUCAAACAGAACAGCAACCCCUACGCAAAGUCCUACACGCUGGUUUCCUCUGCUCUUGUGCUGCUCACUGCAGCCCCUUCACCACCAGAGGGCAGUGUUUCACCGCACCUGCCUGAUGGGGACAUGAUGCAGUCACCAGGCAGAUUUGACCAGCAGCAGAACAUAUGA